AUGACUAUCGCCAUCAGGCUGUUCAGGGCACCCCUCACUAUCAAUCAUCCUCAGUAUACCCCAAAGCGUUUUCCUGUCGCCCGGGAUCUGUAUGAGUUGCCGAAUGGAUGGAUCGGCCGAGUCGACAAAUACCUCUCAUUACUACCUGUGCAGAUCGCCGCAUCGGUUCUCGAAAGCUUUUAUAACGUUGUCAUAGACAACGUAAGGCAGAAAUGGAUUCAGCAGCAGCAGCCCGUGAACAGCUUCACAAUCACAUGGGCGAACAUUGAAUUGGAAUUCUCUUCUGCUACGAGAACAAUACCCUGGAAUUUCGUCUUAGCAUUUGCAGAGCGACUAGCCCACUUAACACAGCGAGGUUUUGUUGGAAAAUAUUGUAUCUACUAUAUCCACUUACCAACUGGAGAAGAAAUUUCCAUACACUUGUUGAUACCCUUGGUAGCUGCGGGAGCAUGA